GCCAGCCACAACAAUCACAACGACAACCCACCGAAGAAAGGCCUCCCAAACACAACACCGUCUCUCUCUGAGAAUCCGCCUGUCGUUGCUUUUCCCUCCACGUCGCGUCCCGCCCACGCCAGAACCGUCAUGGCCCACGCGCUUUUGUAAGACGCCUCGUGUAGCCCUGUCACGCGUAGGCUGCUCGCAUUGCCCCUCCCGCAGCUCUGCUUCCAUCACCGCCACGUAUGGCAGCAGUCUCCGUACCUUCGCCAUCGCACGCUCCUCACACCAUGACGACGCGACGCGUCCCUCUGGCCAACGUACCCAAUGCCACAAACUCGCCUUACCGACCGCCAGCGGCAGCCGCGGCUAAGCGACCGCGACCCCAUGCGCAAGACCAGAGAGACUUCAUUUAUGGCCAAGGCCCACCUAAUAAAAAACAAAUCGUCGAAGAGGGUGACGCAGACCAUCGACGUCAUGCCCUGUUGAAGAGAGCCGGUUACAGCCACCCCACCGCGCUGCAGAAAAAGUUGGAAGCCGUUCGCGAUGGGAAAUCUGCCCAGAAGCCCGUGGACAAAUCCCAUAACAAGGCAGUCCAGGACAAUUAUGAGACAAUCAGGCAGUGGCAAAAGCAUUACCGCAAAGUCUUUCCGCAUUACGUCUUCUAUUUCGAGAGUAUCCCGGCCGAGGCCCGCUCCAAGGCCGUCCGGCAAUUGCUGUAUCUAGGAGCGCGCGAAGAGAAAUUCUUCUCGAAAGACGUGACGCAUGUCAUUACGACACGUCCUAUUCCUCCAGAGCAAAGUGUAUCGAGUUCUGUUGACCUAAGAGCGACACCCUCAAAUGCUAUUACCUCACCCGAAUCCAAGGGCGAGGUGCGCACGAUCAACCCUUCGCUUCUUAAUCGUUCUAACGAUCAACAUGCGCAGAGAUCUAGGCUCGGGCUGGACCUGACCGCGCAAAGGAAGUCCGGGAUCUCUACAACUCAGGGCCUCUUUCAAGAUGUCGAAACACGUAGACAUGCCAGCAGUGGUGAUAUCUUGGUCAAGGCAAGAGAAAUGGGCAUGAAGAUAUGGGCUUUGGAGAAGCUCGACCGCAUAUUGAACACUAUGUUCAAUACGGAUACCGGAGAGCAGCCCCAUGCUCACAACACGAGGGGUAAUGCCGCACUUGCAGCAAAGGCCAACAAGGGUGCAGACUUAUCGCAACUGCUUCGGAAUGAGAAGGUGAACGGUCCGGCUGAUCGAGAUCUCGGCGUCGCUACCAAGGACAUGGCCCACUUUCGCGCAUAUUACGUCUAUGUCCACUGCAUGAACGAGAAGUACCGGCCGGUUAUCGUCAGGGAGUAUCCGAGGGUACCCACUAAGGAGGAAGGCAAAUGGCCCCAGUUCCGCUUGACGGGGCCGGGAAGAUGCCCUUUUGUUGAGGAUCCAGCCCAUGUCAGGAAGUUGCAGAUGGAACAACAAAAGCCGUCUCAACCAAAGACGGAGAGGGCAGUAUCGGCCGCACCUAGAACACGUGCUGCUUCCGCAGCUCUCGAGGCUGCGAGGAUGCGUGGUGCAGCACCCAAAGCAGAGGAAAGACCGCCGUUGGAAGAGAAUGACAGUGUGUCACGACGCCGAAUCAGCAACACUGAGCAGUCCACGGACAUGGUGUCGAAGCCACUCGACCCGCCGAAGCUCAUCCCCGCUAAACGAUCCAAUACUGCCGACAGCAUGCCGCCACUUUUCGAUAGCGCACAAGCUGGUCUCCGUUCCGCUCCCAGAUUCGUUGGUGGCGAGCCUGUUGCUUCAGGAGUCCAACCAUCCAAUGUCACUUCAGCCAUCAGAUCUCAAAUGAUUUCCUCUACCGCUGCUGCCCCAGGCGCACGGGGUAACACCAGCAAGGAGCUGCAGAAUUUGAGUCGGAAGGUAUUGGAGAAGAACAGCGCUCCCAACAGCAUGAAUUCGUCGUACUUGGCCGAGGUUAGGGCAGCGCUCAACGGCGACCGAACUACUCUGCCAAGGGCAGCAAAGCGUAAGGCGCAGGAAACCUUAACGAACAUCCAUGAAGACUCGGAAGAAGAACACAACCCGAGGCGGGUUGUGGUUCCUCGGAAGAACAAGCCGGUAGAGAGAGAUCCUAAGCCUGGCUACUGUGAGAACUGCCGAGAGAAAUUCGACGAUUUCGAGAUUCACACCGUGAGUCGAAAGCACCGCAAAUUUGCUCUGACCCCUGACAACUGGACUGAGCUUGACGCUUUGCUCAACCAGUUGGAGCGACCAGUCUUAUGACCCGUUGACUUCACAACGCUGUCCGCAUCGGAUUCUUCUAUGUUUCACUAUCGA